AGUACGCUGUGCGUAAAAGCCGUGCGUAAUUGGAGCUGAAUUCCGCCUCGCGGCUUAGUGCGCUGUGACUACGAGUGACUUCCUUCCUCCAAGUGACCACUAAUAUGGAGAUGGGAAGUUAUAAAAGGGAAUUUAAGUCUUCAAACAAUGAUACCGGACUGCUGCAGCGCGCCACCUAAACGGACAGAGGCUUGGAAGAUGAGUUGCGUUAAAAGCCUGUUUGUGUUGUUUUUCCUGCUUGGAAGAGCCAGCGGGAUGGCACCGGAGAUGGCUAGCUGCCUUGAGGCUGAAUGUUUUGCUGUAUUUAAGGAAUCGCUCAAUUUUAAAGAUGCACAAAAUUUGUGCCGACAAGAUGGGGGGGAGCUAACGACUGUGCGCUCCCAGACAUUACAUGUCGAAGUGAGUUCGUUGUUGCAAAACUUAAACGGGAAUUUUUGGAUCGCUUUAUACCGCGCCAGCGACUGUCCAGACCCAGAAAAGGAGCUGAAAGGUUUCCAGUGGUUGAGCAACAACGGAGAAGGUAACUACACCAACUGGUCGCCCAGUUUUGACAGCAGCUGCUCCUCUCCACGCUGCGUCCACAUCUCCACAAAGGACUCUUUACAGUGGGUCCAGGCGCCAUGUGAUGAGGACGCAACAGGCUUUCUCUGCACGUACAAAAACAGCCAUCAACAACAGGAAUCAUGCACAGAAAUAGAUCCAAAACUGGCGGGUGAUCUUAUCGUUUACUCAGAUCCUUAUGUACACACAACUGAAGGUGAGGUACCCGCUGGAGUUACCGCCACCUUGCAAGUGUCUGAGAUCAAAUAUUUGUGUUUUUCCAGUCUGUGGGUCCAAGCGCCCUGGAACUGUGAAAUAAAAGAAGGCGGGUGUGGGUUCAAAUGCAUCAUAAACUCUGAGAAUUCUCCCACCUGUUACUGUCCACCCGGAGAGAGUGUCAACCCGGAUAAUGAAAGAACGUGUGGUGCGCAGCUCGCGGAUGACCCGUGCCGGACACUGGCGUGUGAUCACAUCUGCUAUCAGGAGGGGGACUCUGCUGUUUGCGCGUGCCCCACAGGCUUUGAGAUAGCUGAGAACGGGGUUUCAUGUCAUGACAUCAAUGAGUGCGCGGACCCACGGCAGUGUCCCAUGGAUGGCACCGAGUGUGUAAACGUCAUCGGCGGGUUCAGGUGCGUGUGCAGACAAGGAUUUCAGAUGAUUGGUGAUGCGUGCAUGGACAUUAACGAGUGCAACUCUGGGGCAUGUGAGCAUACUUGCCAGAACACCAUUGGGAGCUAUGUGUGCUCGUGCUUUGAUCGGUACAGAGUCAGCCCAAAUUCUAGAGAUAAAUGUGUUCUUUACUGUGACGAAGAGGAAUGCCCCGCAACGUGUGACCCGAACAACGACGUCCAGUGUUUCUGUCCGGAUGGGUUCAUGCUGGAUGAGAGGGGCAGGGACAUGAUCUGCGUGGAUAUUAAUGAGUGUGAAAACUUUUUCUGCACACAAGACUGUAUAAACACACAUGGGAGUUAUGAGUGCUUGUGCUACCCCGGAUACACCCGCAACAAGCAGGGCGAAUGCAAAGAGGACGACGAGGAGGAUGGAAGCGAGGGCUCCGGAUUAGUAACCCCAACUCCAGACGCAACAUUUCCAGAUCCAACGAGAAGACCCUCGAGGGUGUCGCCGGGGGGUCUUGCGGGGAUCAUUGUGGGAACUACGCUUUUGAUUUUGCUGGUGCUUAUUAGCUUCCAGUUGCUGCUUGGCCGCAGGAACAGGAGGGAGGGCAGCGGCGCUUAAAGCCGCAGAAGGGGAGGCGCACGGCCUGGAGCGGGUCACCGGUGACAGGGCAAUGGACAAGAGUCAAACCUCAUGAGGAAAGGGUGGACUAAUGCAGAUUAAUGGGAAGUGUCUCACUGUCCUGUUUUUAUUUGCACGCAGUAAAGGCAUCACAAGAGUUUAAAACAACCAAGUUGAUCCUUUUACUGCGCAAAAUAAAUUGUUUUUACAAAAAAUGGAAGAGGUGUUUUUGGUGCUCAAACUUCUUCACUCAAGACACAGCAACAGUACGCCACACAGUGGACAGAAGUGCGAACUACAAUAGUAAUCACUGAAAUGUAACUACAGGAAGUAACAUUUGCUUUUCUGAUCCAUCCAUCCAUCCAUCAUCCAGUGCUUUAAUUUAACUAAAGACUCCGUGAUGUCUCCUAUAUUGGUGUCACCAAGGCCCCACUCCGGAGUCAAGCCAGGGGCAGGUCCUUUUUAGGUAAGUGCCUGCAGGGCCGGGGGCUCUUCUCACGGGCCCCAGUGGGGUCCAGCCUGAAGAGACAACAUGGCUCUCUGACUCUCCAGUGGACCCACCCACAGGAGAGUUAAAAAGGGGCCGGUGCAGUUUGGGUGGCAGUCGAAGGCGGGAGCCUCUGUGUCCCAAAGGUCCCAAAGGUCAGUCACGGGACCCCAGAGGAUCUGGAGAAAGUGGCCAGGGAGAGUACUGCUGCCCCAUGACCCUGACCUGGAUGAGGGGAAGAAAACGGAUGGAUUGAGAAUACAAAUAUAAAUGUUACAAAAAUAAAUUGUAUUUAAUAUGCAUAUCUACAUAUUACAUGGAUAUAUAAUGUGAAUAUUGUCAUGGUAAGUUAAUUAAAAACGUGAAAAUCAAAAGUCAAUAUCAAGUCAAAAAUUUACUUUCUUUAACUUUAAAUCAGAACAUUUUUAGAUUUAAAUAUUUCAAUAACGCCAUUAAAGUUACAUUCAUUCAAUUAAAAUAUUCAACAAAAAUGACAUUUUUUCUAAAAUUAAACUCUGUAUUAAUUUUAAUCUGGAGCCCCUGAAGGAACAUCAAAGUAAAAAAAAUAAAAUAAAAUAAAAACAUGUUUUCUUUUGUGCGUGUGAGAUAUUAUCCAGAAAUGUCAAAUUCUAAAAUAAAAUAAAAAAGGAAAAA